GAGAUGGAAGGUAUGGCGUCAAGAGGCACACAACACUCAUUCCGAGUGACGGUGCGCGUGCAGCAGUUCAUGAAUAUUUGACGAAGCUGUACCACUCGACAGCCGAGCCUUUACCUGAGGGCAGACAGGCUGAGGAUGUGGUGGAAAUUACAAAUCGAGCGCGGCGAGUGAAGCGACGGGGCAAACGCCCGCGACACUUUGUAAAGCGGGAGGAGAGGAGUUCUGGUUUUGCGCCAACCAUCAAAUUUCUGCCUCCAGGAACUAUUGGCCUGUAUUGGGACAUGUGCAAGGCAGACAAUCCAGACUUGCGCAUCAGUCGAAAGGUCUUCACCCGAGUUUGGGAGGAGAACUUCAGAGACCACUUGGUGAUCCGGCCAAAAAGCCAGCACAAGGCGUGCUCGCUUUGCAUUCGCUACAAGCUUCUGCUUCGACGUUUGCAGUACCAACCAGAAGCCAAAGCUGAGCAAAUGCGCUUGUACCGAGCGCACUUGGAGAAGCACUACGCCGACCGGACCACCUACUGGGGCAGCCGCGCGCUUUCUCUUUCUCGCAUGGGAUUGCAAUCCACUGGGGAGCGCCUCAUUGUACUUACUCUCGAUUCUGUAGAUCAUGCCAAGUUUGCAGCGCCAAGGGAUUUAUCGAUGCAGUCGAAGUGCUUCUCGAAUUUUGUCAGACCGUCCCUUCGCUGUACUGGUGUCUUGAUACACGGCUACGGUGUGGUGCUAGUUCUUGGGCAGCCGUUCACACGGCAGGACAGCUCGUGGACAUGUGACAUCAUCGAGUAUUGCUUGAACCUUUUGUCUCAGCUCCCCCCUGACCAAUGUAAUCUGCCAGCGUCGUCCAUAAUACUUCAAGGAGACAACUCCUCCAAAGAACUGAAGAACAACAGUGUGAUGCGUCUGUUAUCAGGAGCUGUGGCCUGCCGGAGGGUGCAAAAGGCACAGUUGCGCACCCUCCAGGCAGGCCACAGCCACGAAGAUCUGGGCCAGUUUUUCUCCUCGCUAUGUGACAGAAUCUCAUCAUCCAGCUCGCUCCAUACACCAACAGAUUUUGUUGACAAUUUGCAAUCUUGGUUGGCAACCGUGCGUCCUCUAGAGCCCAUGAAGAAGGUUGUGUUGCUGGAUCAAGAAAGCCUUCAAAGAGUUUGCGGUGCGUGGAUCCACGCGGUCGAAGCAAUGAAAGGUCAGCUGCCGGAUGAUUUCACCAGCAAGGAACUCCCACAGCUACAGAAAGGGUUCUUGUUGAAGUACGCAGACAUAGAGCUCCAAGCCGCCCUGGACGGCGCUGUGCCGCCGAUCAAAGUGGAAUCGAUUAGCGUUCUCCGGUCCGUGCUUUUCAAAUUCCAGCGCGAGGCAGACCAGAAGCGAGAGAAGGAGCUUGUGGAGUUUCCAGCUCAGCAGCUUCAGGAGCAGAUAGCUGCCGUUGACCUGAAGAAGCUUGAGACAAAUAUUGCAAAGGACCUCGAGAGCAUGACCAAGUGGGCCAAAUCGUGCGCAGAUGAAUCCAACCGGAACGCUCACCUUGACUUGAAAUAUUUGAACGCACGAUAUGAGAAGGGUGUGCGUCUUGUUGAUGAGUUCAUGCAAAAGCGUCAUGAGUACAAAGACAGCACGAUUGGCUUGGCCACCGCGCAGCCGGAUAAUGAAGCUGGACCACAGGGGACGCUCAGACGAACAGUUGUGUUGCCACGAAUUGAAUCACGAUCUUAG